AUGAUUGGGCCAACAGAAACACUGUCCAACUUUUACCUCAGGUGUUCUAUCCAACAAUGUUCCCAUACCCAUUAUCGGCUGGUGGAGAUGAUCCGCAUUGGGACGAUGUUUCCACCAUCACCAAGGUAUCUGUGGAAGGCAAUCAACUCGGGGGUGCCUCGAGCCAAAACAUGGUGGUGGUUGCUGUGGUGGCUCUGGUGGGGUUCCUGUCUAGAUAUGCUUGUAGCGCCGUUCGAUAAAGGAAGUCAGCUGCAGGCCAAUGACAAGCAAGGCACAGAUCUUUCUUGCAUACGCAUGUGCCCCAAGGAAUCUACCCCCUGGAGGACCAUUCGCUCCUCCUCGGCCUGA